GAGCUAAAUUUUCGAAACGUGAAAAUUCCAAAAUGUCUGAAGGUCCACCAUCUCCAAAAAAGCUUCGUCUUGACCUGGAAGAGCGAAACAGUUUGAGCAGAGAUGAACUUAUAGAGAAGUUAAGAGAACAAGAUGACUACAUUGCUUACCUUCAAGCUAGACAGAGAGGAAGGUCAUCAGACAAAGAUGAAAGUGAUGACAAAGAUGUAGAUGACAAGCUGAAGCAACAACCCACUGAGUCAUCUCGAAGAGAGAACACACUGGUUUUACGUCUAACCAACAAAGAGCAAGAGUUGCAGGACUGCAUGAAUCAAAUCACCGAGAUGAAGGCAGCGCAAACGCAGAACUCAGCCCAGCUCCGAUCUUUGCUCCUGGACCCAGCAGUCAACCUUGUUUUUCAGCGCAUGGCCAAGGAAAUGGAGGAUUGCAAGGAGAAACUGAAGCAAACACAAAAUGAACUAAGCGCAUGGAAGUUCACACCCGACAGCCAAAUGGGGAAACGGCUGAUGGCCAAGUGUCGCAUGCUACUGCAGGAAAAUGAAGAACUAGGCAAGAUGAUUUCAUCUGGACGCACAGCCAAGCUGGAGUCAGAAAUUGCCCUGCAGAAGACCAUGGUUGCUGAAAUGAAAAACAGUCAGGAUGAGAUGACGGAGUUUGUGGGCGAGCUGGAGGAGGAUGUGGAGGGCAUGCAGAGUAUGAUCUACGUGCUACAGCAGCAGCUGAAAGAAACCAAAGAGCAGCUGGCAAACCUGGAAGCUGAAAAUGCCCGCUUGAGGACACUGAUAGCCUCCACCACGCAGCCAGAGCCUGGGGGGUGUGGGGGUGGGGGUGGCAGUAGACUAUCAGACAGCAGCGGUGUAGGCAGCAACAACAGCAGUGGCAACUGCGGCAGCAGCAGGUGUGUUCCAGAGACGAGAUUGUCCCGAGAGACUCCUGGUGAAACUGGGGCUCCACCAGCAACAGGCAAGCAGCAAACCACCAUAAUCUCUGUGGACAGCAGCAACAAGGUGCAGGCAACAGAUGUGCACAGCUCACAGAGCUGUUCAGACUCUUCACAGACUGCAGCUGAUGGACUGGGCAAAUGGACUACAAGUAAUGGGGAAGACCUAGAAAAAAGCCUUAAAGCAAAUGGAAGGACUUCAGACGUGAUGGAAAACAGCCGACACCAGUGUGCACUGACCGCGACAGAGACGCCAGAACUUCGGACAGACCAGGCUUGUGAGGUGGCCCAGAGCAUGCCUGUGACAAAACUGCGUAGUGAUCGUAGUUUGGACAGCGUUGGCAAGAGUGAGGCCGACUCCAGACUGACAGAAGACAGCCUAGACCAGAAACCGUGCAUUCAAGACCUGAAGCCUGUUAGAAAUGGAGGGCUUGACGUUGUUGAUGCGAAGGAGUGUGAAGAGGUUUAAGACAGUUUAUAGCCAGUAAGAUCCUGGCUUCUUGUGAUGUUAUGAUAAUCAUUUUUCCUGGAAAUAUCCUUAAAUUCCUCUCCCUCCCUCUGUCAGCAGCUAUGACAGGUAAGGGUGUUAUGGUAACAUGAAUCUGUGAUGCUGUUGCUCUUUAAGAGUGAACACAUUUUUUUAAGCAGUAAAUAGAAUUUACUUACUGGCAUUAUGGAAUUUGUUUAUUGGCCACAAGAAAUUCUAACACUUUUAUCUUUUUUUGGUGUGUGUUCAUAUAUGUGUGCACAAUGUGCAUGUUUAUUUUCCAAUUAAUCUCUUAUCUUUCCAGAAACCGUGUCUGUAUGUUGCAUGCACCUAUGUGCAUGAGUCAUUACAUAGAGUGCAUUGUCCUUUAACUGGUGCUUUUUUCAGUAAGCUUUGAUUUUCUUAUGCAGAAAUAGUUUUCAGUUCAAGAAAUCAUGAGGGAUUGUGUAUCCAUUUCUUUGCACAUACAGGCACAUGAACAUGGAUCUCACUUUCACUUGCUCCAUUUAACCAGAAGCCAAAUUUAGUCAGAAGUUCUGAAGCUUUGACUGUUGAGCAGCCGAUUAAUCUUGCUUGCUUUUUAGAAAUCCUGCAGUGUAAUGGCAUUUUUAAUAAAGCUUACACUUACUUUAACUAGUGCAAAGUCAUCAAGAUAAGUAAAUUGCUCCUGAUUCUUAGCUUGAUUUACCAGAUGUUAAUAACUUUAUCAGUAAGAAAGUUUCAAUUAAUAGGGCUUUUGUGAAAAUUGUAUUAAAUUAUGUUAGAUGUAGUCAUGCUGCGUACAACGACCAUGCGGACAUUGCGGGAGUGCAUUAAUGUCCACUUAAAGUACAUGUGCCACAGAGUGUUGCUAGUUUGUCUUCUGUUCGUAGCAAGCUAGGUUUCUUUCUCACCUUCGCCUCCCUUCAUUUGCUUCGUUUGUGUUCCUAUUUAUAGAAAGCUGAAAUCGUAUUCUCUUGCUGUAACUCUUCAAGUAUACUUGUUGCAAAUCUAGUGUAUUAAUAAAAAAACGAGAAGCCCAUAACAAUAGAUGAAUUCGUAAGAUUUGGACAGCUUAUUAGAUGAGCUAAGUGAGCACGCCAGGCCAUGCUUGGAUAAGGUUGGAUAACUGCCUCGUGCUGCAUUUUCAUCCUAGUCCUCUUGUCCUCAACAUUUUUGGAACACCCGAAUGCUUGCAUGCUUUUGGCUGGAACAGGGACACCCUACAGCUGUGUGCUAGCAGCGUCUGCAUCCCCUCUGCCCGGAAGUGAGGCGUUGUGAGGAGCCGGCAGCAGAAGCCGGCGAGUCUCACUUUAAUGGCGGCCUCCUGCUGGGCUGAGACAAAGCACAGAAUUACCAACCGCUGGUUGGCGCCCCCAGUCAUCCAUCUAGGGUCACUAGACAGCUAGUGCUAGAGGGCAUGAGUAGCUUGCUGGUUUACCGUCUGUAGAGAUGACAGUAUGAUUGUAAUGUUGUUUUUAUUAUCGCAAUGGUUUCUUUUUGUCGCGUCGAUUGGCUGGAUCCGUUGGCGGCAAUGGCGACGACCCGCUAGCUCCCGGAUCACAUGAGGCGAGUCGGAGGCGACAGCCUUACUGUUAUCUCGCAGGGCCGACACCCUGACUGAUUCUUCCAGCCAUCACCCUGACAUCCAAAGUGUCCGUGAUGCCUGGGGAUUUGCCCGUUUUGGAAAGAAAUUUUCAGAAAGAGUUUAAUGUGUGGGAGGAAAAAAAAUGUGGCGAAGACCAUUUUGAGAAAUGCACAAAACGAGGAAUCUAUAAACUUGUUUGCUUAAUGCGUGUUUUUCUUAGAUGUAUCUGUGCGUGUUGUGUUUUGUAAGUAGUAGCUACGUCGUAUGUGAACCUAGUAUCGCGAGUCAUCACCGUGGACCACAGCGAAAGCAUCAGUCGUAAUGGCACAUCCUCCAUGUUCUCUAACCCACCCUGCCAUUCCAUCUGUGAGCUGACAACACCCAGUGAGCUCAGUGAGCAGAGCGUGUUGCGGCAUCUUUGUCAUCGUUCAUCCGUGUCCUGUCCACUUUCUACCGAGUCCACUCCACCCGUUUGUUACUGUUAACGUCUCCUGUAACGGGAGAGCGGACUCUCACCCCCCAACCUCCCAGUUAACCCACCCAUCGACGACACAGGCAGGCUUAAAGCCUGGCCUGAUUAUUUUAAUUAUGUCAAUAUUGUGUUAACCGUUGGAUUUUUUUUCCAAGCGCACAGAUUCAUGUUACCAUUUGGGCUAAUGUUAGGGCCUUUCUAGGAAUCAGUAUUGAUAAUUAAAAAAAAAAAAGCCAAUGAAACGAAAGUAAAAAGAGGGAUUGGGAGCAGUUGAGAGGUGCAGCCAGCAGUUAAUUAAAAUACAGGUCGCGCAGGUGGUGUUUCGGUUGAGUUUCAUCUUUAGUUUUGCACAUAUUGAAUAAAUUUAACAUCAUUUGAAACUGGAAACCUGCCAUUUUGAUUUUGAAACCUUGUUAAAACUAUAAAAAAAAGUUUUGUUUUUACUGAUCAGCUGUAUGAAUUUUUAUAUGUAAGGUAAAUAAAAAAUGGAAGACAUUUUA